CGUGGUAGGCAUAUAUUUUCUACUGUAGUAUUUAUUGUUAGUCCGGUAAGGUAUUGUUUUGUCCUUUUUGUAUAAAAAUGUUUUUGAGGUUUCUUCGGGGCUCGAGCCCAGUCAAAAUUAUUAGUUUAGCGCGGGGUGGUGGCUGUGGUGCAACCACCUCUCAGUUGCUGAUCCCCCAAAGGCUUCAAUCACACCGCGAGUUGAGCUCUUUGUCCAGGACACGUCUCCGCUGGAAGGUCAGUGCGAUGCAGUUGCUGAGUGGAUUGAGGCACCGUUACUGCUUGUGGCGCCUCCGGCGGUUGUUGGGCGUGGCCUUCGAUGAGGGCGGGUUCCAGGAGGGAACUCGUCAGGCGGCGGCCACAAUUAUUGAAGCAGUGCGGCAGUCGGAUUGGCCCUGCAUCCGGAGUUGCUGCACGGAGCGAGGAUCGUUGGAUAUAUACGGAUUGGCCCAGAAUCGGCGUCCCUACGGCAGUUUGCUGCGAUUUCAAAGGGAACACCUGCGACAUGCUCUUCCCGUUCGAGUGGUUCGUCGAUGGAUCGAUGGCGACUGUUAUAUUCUGGUUGACAUGCUGUUCGUUGGCUUGAGAAACCUCUUGGAUCUCGGAACCACACAAGAAAAGGAGGAAAUGGUCCAGCGUAUUCAGAACGUUCUCGCGGACUCGCAGAUCGAAGAACAAUUCGAUCCGAAACACUGUCGAUUGGCAAUUGGCGAACUUGUACUUACCUUCUGCAAGAAACUUGGUGGAUCCGAGGUUGAUCUGCGGGAUCUGGAUAUCCAAAGUACUCAGGAACCAGACGAUGGAUGGCUCGUGGAUUCCUAUAAAGUGCACCGCUUUAAACUGAUUGGCUUCAGUCCCAAAACCUUAAGCUUUCGCGUUAUCGAGUUUUUGAAACCGGUUUAGCGAAUGUAAACCGAAAUGCCUUUAUUUUGAAGGUGUUUUUAUUGAAGCACCCAAAAGUAAUUGCCGUCACGUGCGAUUCACUAGUUCAACGAUCGCUUUAACCAAAUCAGCAUUUUUGUAAAGCGAUUCUGUCAGCGGCCAUCGCGCGACUCUGGUCCGAAGUAAACUGAUCGGUUGAGAGCGUUACCUGAUAUAUUUAUCUCAUCUUUCCAGCGGGGUGACAAGAAGUGAGCUGUUUUUUUUACUUAGUAAUAUAUGUAAUGCAAAAUUUUAAACGUGUACGUUUGUAGGUAAGCAUUGUAAGCAUGCAAAAAAGAAGAGUAAAUUGUUGUUUUUACUA